UCAUCCAUUCCUUAUCACUCAGAAAACAGGUGGAGCCGUGGAGGAACUGGAGGAAGAAUGUUUUAUCACAAAGUAUUGAAAAUAAUGUUCUUUAUUCAUCAUAGUUUACUUUGUUUUACUCUCUGUUUCUCAAUUAAUCCGUAUUAGAAAAACGAAAAUCGUUAACAAGAUAGUUUAAAAACCAAGUACACUGACACUGGUGCUUUUGUUGUUCCACCCCGUGAAUCUGGUUAAUUAGCUCUCAUCGUAAAGUUUUUAAAACUUUUCUGUUUUACUAGUUUUUUUUUUUUGAAACUUGAUUAGUUAUUCAAACUUGAAACUUUUCCGAUUAGUAUUUCGUAUUUUCAAUCAUCAAACAUGGCUGCUGAUAGUGGAGAAGAAAUCACCGGAAAUCAGGUUGUAGCUGAAGCACUGAAACUUCAGGGAAUAGAAUAUGUCUUCGGAAUUGUUGGAUUUCCUGUAAUUGAACUUGGCAUGGCUAUGCAGCAAGCUGGUCUUCAUUUUGUGGCCAUGAGAAAUGAACAAGCUGCUUGUUACGCAGCUCAAGCUAUUGGUUACUUGACUCGUAAACCUGCUGUGUGUUUGGUUGUCUCUGGUCCUGGACUUCUACAUGUUACUGCGGGAAUGGCCAAUGCACAAGUGAAUUGUUGGCCAUUGUUGGUGAUUGGAGGUUCGUGCUCGCAAGACCAUGAAGGUAUUGGAGGAUUUCAAGAAUGUACUCAAGUUGAUUUAAGUCGACCUUAUUGCAAAUACAGUGCUCGACCUCCUAGUUUGGAAUUAGUUCAUCAACAUAUCGAAAAAGCUGUGAGAUUGGCUACAUAUGGACGACCUGGUCCUUGUUACAUCGAUUUUCCGGGUAAUUUAUUGAGUCAGGUCAUCUCAUCGAACAAAAUCACACCGCUGAAUGUUUGCCCACUUCCUCCGAUUAUUUAUCCUGGCGGCGAUGUCAUAGCUAAAGCUGCAGCUGCCAUAAAGAACGCCAAAUCGCCGUUAAUUAUUAUCGGAAAAGGUGCUGCUUACGGAAGAUCUGAAAACGCAGUGAGAGAUUUAAUUAGUUCGGCAAAAUUACCAUUUUUGGCUACACCCAUGGGUAAAGGUGUAGUUUCUGAUAAUGAUCCUUGCUGUGUCGCUCCAGCUCGUACCGUGGCGUUGCAAAAUGCCGACGUUAUAGUGCUCUUCGGUGCCAGACUAAAUUGGAUACUUCAUUUUGGUAGACCACCUCGUUUUCGUUCAGAUGUUUUCUUUGUGCAGGUCGAUUUGUGCGCUGAAGAAUUACAUAAUAGUAUUCAUUCUGGAGUAGCAGUCCAAGCAGAUAUCGGCGUUGCUGCUAGUCUACUGUCAGAAGAGCUGAAAAAAUCACGAUGGAGUUAUAGUAAUCAAACUGAGUGGUGGAGUAAACUUCGUGAAAGCUGUGCUAAAAAUUCAAAAGCUGUGAAAGUUAUGAUUGACGAUUUAUCUGAACCAUUGAAUUAUUACGCUGCGUUGAGCUGUGUCCAAAAAAAUAUACCAAAAAAUAGCAUAAUUGUUAGCGAAGGAGCAAAUACAAUGGAUAUUGGAAGAACAAUGCUCUUGAAUGAGUUACCAAGGCAUAGAUUGGAUGCUGGUACUUUUGGUACCAUGGGAGUUGGUUUAGGAUAUGCGAUCGCUGCUCAAUUAUAUUGCAAUAAAUACGAGCCCAAAAAACGAGUUAUAUGUGUUGAAGGAGAUUCAGCUUUUGGAUUUUCAGGAAUGGAAAUAGAAACUAUGUUCAGAUAUAAAUUACCAAUUAUCAUCAUUAUCGUAAAUAAUAAUGGAAUUUACGGAGGAUUGGAUCCAGAUACAUGGGAAGCUGUGAAUAACACUCCUGAAAAUACCACAACGAGUCCGGUCACAGCUUUAUCUCCAGAAAUUCACUACGAAAGAAUGAUGAAUUUAUUUAAUAAAAAUGGGUACUGUUGUAGAACCAUUUCAGAAGUUGAACAAUCUAUUCGUAAAGCUUCUCAGAAUACCGAAGAGCCCAGUAUAAUUAAUAUUUUGAUCAAUCCGUAUGCAGACAGAAAACCACAGAACUUCGCUUGGCUUACGGAAUCAAAGUUAUAAUUUCUUCAAAAGCCAUACACCAGCAUUAUUAUUUCUUAUGGAAACGGUAGGGGAAAUCAUUUUAGCCAAUAUUUUUUAUCAAUUAUUCAUGUUUUUCUUUUUUAUACCUUACUCUAUUUUAAUGAGAAAUUUGUAUUUUUCAUGAUGUUAUUUGUUAUUAAUUAAUUAUACAAUAUUGAAGAUUGGCUGUA